AUGGGAAAUACUUGCUGUGGAGAUAGUACUGUUUAAAAAAACGAAAGUAAUCUAAUAGAAGUACUUAAAGAACCUAUUUAUGCGAUAUGUAUUUUACAAUCAGAAGAUCAUAAAGUUACAGGAAAAGUUUAUUUUAAGUAAGAAGGAGAUAAAUGCAAAAUUAGGGCUGAAGUUAAGGGGCUUGCAUAAGGCAAGCAUGGAUUUCAUAUUCAUGAAUAUGGAAAUUUGAUAGACGGGUGUAAAUCUGCUGGGGCUCAUUUUAAUCCUACUAAAUAAACCCAUGGUGCCCCUGAUUCAAAAGAAAGACAUGUUGGAGAUCUUGGGAAUAUUGAAAAUAAACUUUCUGAAGAAAAUGUUGCUGUUUAUGAAAUUGUUGAUCAUUUGAUAUCUUUAUACGGUGAGUAUAAUGUUAUAGGAAGAAGCUGUGUAAUUCAUGCAGAUGAAGAUGAUUUAGGCCUUGGAAAUUUUGAGGAUUCAAAAACAACUGGGCACGCUGGAGCACGUGUGGCUUGUGGACCUAUUGGACUAUGUGCAAAAUUUAGUUUUGAUUUUUGA